UUUGAUCGACUCUCACUCACCCCUAGUUACCGGCGGUCACCGGGGUGUUGAUGAUGUAGACCGGUAACGGGGCGUCCCAGAGCGGCUGGAAUAUAAGAGUAAUGGAGCUGGAUAAACCCUAAAGAGAAACACAAACGGAAGAUGCUCUGCUUGACUCUGUUGUUGCUGCUCAGUGCUGCUGCUGCUGCUGCCGCCGUCGGUGAGACAGUGACUGACCGUUCCCCCACGGUAACCACAUCCUCUCGUAUACCGGCCCCUUUCUCUACACCACAAGUCGACGAUGCUGACGAGUCUGGGCGUCCCGGCUUGGCUUUGGACCGCUCAGCUGAACAACCGAAGCCGACUGCUGUCCACGGCGGAGACUCUCACAGGCACGGAGGCGGGUAUAAGAUAGUACAGUGGGAAUGGAGCUACGUGCAGACACCGUACAUUAUCGCCACCUGGCUCCUGCUCGCCAGCGUCGCCAAGAUAGUGUUCCACUUCUCACAGCGCUUUACUACGGUGGUGCCGGAGAGCUGCAUGCUGAUCCUCUUAGGUCUAGUUCUGGGUGGUGUGGUGCUUAUUGCCAGCAAUAAGCAGCUAUACCAGUUGGACCCAAGACUCUUCUUUCUCUUCCUUUUGCCUACCAUCGUGGGGGAUGCUGGAUAUUUUAUGCCAGCCCGCCUUUUUUUCGACAACUUGGGUGCAAUCCUGAUGUAUGCAGUGGUUGGAACUCUGUGGAACGCCUUCUGCACAGGGUUCUGUCUGUAUGGAGUGAAGCUGGCGGGGGGUAUUGAUAAUAGAGUGGAGGCAGGGUUGAUGGAGUUCCUGCUGUUUGGAGCCUUGAUCUCAGCUGUGGAUCCUGUUGCGGUGCUCGCUGUGUUUGAGGAGGUCCACGUUAACGAGAUGCUUUUUAUCAUUGUUUUUGGCGAGUCUCUCCUAAACGAUGCUGUCACUGUGGUUUUGUAUAAGGUUUACAUUUCUUUUGUGGAAGUUGGUCCAGGAAAUGUACAAACAGCAGACUACUUUAAAGGUGUUGCCUCCUUCUUUAUUGUCAGUAUGGGUGGGACACUGGUGGGAUUAAUUUUUGCUGUCAUCCUGGCCUUCAUCACCCGUUUCACAAAGAGGGUGCGCAUGAUUGAACCGCUGUUCAUCUUCCUGCUUGUGUACCUGGCAUAUCUCACUGCUGAGCUCUUCUCACUCUCUGCUAUUCUCUCGCUGACCUUUUGUGGCAUUGGUUGCAACAAGUAUGUGGAGGCUAACAUAUCCCAGAAGUCUCGCACUGCGGUCAAAUACACAAUGAAGACUUUGACCAGUAUUGCUGAGACCAUCAUUUUUAUUUUUCUUGGCAUCUCAGCCGUAGACAAAUCCAAAUGGGCCUGGGAUACUGGCUUGGUUGUGUGUACCCUCAUAUUCAUCUUUGUCUUCAGAGCUAUGGGUGUUGUUGGGCAGACUUGGAUUCUGAAUAAGUUUCGGUUGGUUCCUUUAGAGAAGAUUGACCAAGUGGUAAUGUCGUAUGGUGGCCUGAGAGGUGCUGUAGCAUUUGCACUGGUGGUGCUCCUGGAUGAAGAGCACGUAAAGGCAAAGGAUUACUUUGUCGCAACCACCAUAGUUGUGAUUUUCUUCACAGUCAUGUUUCAGGGUCUGACUAUCAAGCCUCUAGUGACAUGGCUAAAGGUUCCUCGCAGCACAAACAGAAAACCCACCAUUAAUGAAGAAAUCCACGAGCGUGCCUUUGAUCACAUUCUAGCUGCAGUGGAAGACAUUGCUGGGCUGAAUGGUUAUCAUCACUGGAGAGACAAGUGGGAGCAUUUUGAUAAAAAAUACCUGAGUAAGCUGUUGAUGCGCAAAUCCGUUUAUCAUAAGAGCGAGCUGUGGGAGGCCUAUCAGAAAAUCAACAUUAGAGAUGCUAUCAGUGUAAUUGAUCAGGGUGGAAACAUUUUGACCUCUGCUAGGCUCUCACUUCCUUCUAUGGCAAGUAGAACCUCUUUUCCAGAGAUGACCAAUGUCACCAACUACCUGAGAGAGAAUGGUAGUGGUGUGUGUUUGGACCUUCAGGUGAUUGACACAAACCCUGGAGCAAAAGUAGAGGAGGAGACAGAAACACAUCACGUACUGGCCGGCAAUCUGUACAAACCUCGAAAACGGUAUCAGUCUCACUACAGUCGUCACUUCAUGGUGCCAGGUGAUCAGGAAAGGCAGGACCGUGAGGUGUUUCAGAGAAACAUGCGCAACCGCCUGGAAUCUUUCAAAUCGACCCAGUACAAAAGGCACAAAAAGGAUCGCAGCCAGAAAAAGCACAAGGGGUCAGAUUCAAAGGAGCAGGAGACCAGUGACAAGCCCAGGAGAAAUGUCAGCUGGCAAGACAAAGAUCCAGUUGUAGCACCACUGGCACAAGAUGAGGAGAAGGAAGAAAACUCAGAGGAGGAGAAAGAUGAUGAUAUUGGGAUCACCUUUGUAGCCCACAAGCACUGUGAAACACCAAAGCCGCGACCCAAAUCAGUCCCAGCUGCUUCUGAGGUGUGUCAGAGCCCGUCUGUCGCCCCUCCAUCUCUCACAUGUGGAGAGAAAAAUCUGCCUUGGAAGGGGAGCAUGGACUCUCAGCCUCCAUGUAUAUCCAGCGAGGCCACCAAAAUCAUCCCAAUAGACCUUCAAGAAGCCUGGAACCAGAGCAUCUCCUCCUUAGAGAGCCUGGCCUCUCCUCCAGUUCCUCAGGAGCCGCAACAUCCACGGGUUGGCGCCCUCUCGAGGCUUGCUGCACCUGGACGGCUUUCCGGAUCAGCCCAAUUUUACUUUCCUGGAAACAAGGAGGAGGAAGAUGAAAGCAUCUUCCCUCAGCAUCAGCAAGAAAUGCAGCCUUUAAUGGUGUCAGCGAGGCAGCUGACACUGCCUGCUCCAAACUCUGUUGGACAGUUAUCUGCAAGGAGAAGGAAUCCAUGCAUGUAUCUGAGGAAUCUAGUAACGACGCCACCAUCCGGCACCGAGCCACACAGCAGAAAACCAACACAGCUGUAGAAGUUCUGCAUUUUUUGUUUUCUGCCUCUUUUAGGGUCUAGAUUAAAUCUAGCUUUAGGUAUUAGA